AGUCACAGACCACAGGUGAUCACAUGAUCAUGUCCGAAUAUUGAUCGAAGUCAAGGGAGUGUCUGGUGUUGUGUACGAAUUAUUUUUUGGGAUAACGAUGCUCCGGCUAUUGUCACUGUUUCUUGCUGGCUUCGCAGCAGUCCAAGCCAAUGGUGAAUUUUCUGUUCUACAUUCUCCUGAUAGUGUAGAAUUUAUUGGCAAUGGAGAGAUCGAGCAAAGUAGUCUUAAGGAGAUCUUGUCUGCAGGGCUUGGCUUUACCGCAAAGCAGAAAGAUACAGAUCAUAGCCUUACUAUAUGCGAUCCGUUCUCGUUGCCCAAAGCAUUGGUAGCAAUGCCAAUUGAAGGCAUAGAAAAGUUACCUUUUGUGAAAGAUAGAUCUAAAGUCGACUACUCCAUGAUUUUUGAUGAGGCAGAGGAAACUACUUGGCAGGCACUCAGAAGUAGAGUGGAAGAAAGAAGCAACGACAAUACAUUGGUUAGGAUCAACUUGAGCGAUGGUGUUGAUGCAUUAGGUCAGUCAGCUCUUGGUGAGCUCAAACCUGCCAACAUAGAAAAGUUGACAACGCUCAACUUAGAGAUUGAGGAAGAUCGCAAAUUCGUCGAGGAAAUCCAGCUUCUCAAGGCGAUCGCCGACAAUGCGUCUUCCACGAAGAAACAUAACACUGAGACAGACGUGUAUUGGAUAGUGGUAUCAGGGCUUAAACCAGUCCUAGACCUCCAUGGAAAUAACUCUGAAGCAGCCAAAGAGGCAUGUACAUUACUGGAUGAUGCCAUAGACCAAAUUUAUCAGGCCUUUGUGAGUGCCUACGAUGGCAAGGUUGUAAUUGCAGCAUUCACAAACGAUGCCAGCAAAGUGAGGAACGCUCGUUCCGUGCUUCUCGAUAGACAAUCUAGAGCCGCCGAUGGUCCGGCUUAUAAGACUAACAGUGUUAAAUCCACUGGUGGUGCCAAGGGAGCGCCAAUUAGUUCAGACUUUAACGAUAAUUUGUUGACCAAGCGAGACGACAAGCAAGACCGGCAAAGUAAUGUAGAGGACGACGAGAAGAUAAAGAAUAGUAUGAGUAGUACUAACGAGCCCAACACUGUCAACAGCACUACUGAACGUCCGGGCGUUCAGGAUGAUAGCUGGACGACGGAAAAGUCCGAUUCGGUUAAUCAGGGAUACAUGAUAAAUACUAAAACACAGACAAUAGGACAGCCUGAAUUUUCCGGCCGCGCAAAAGUUUACUCGGAGGACUAUCCCGUCAUUUUCAACAUAAUACUGUGGUUCGGCGUUAUUUUCUUCUUCUCUCUCUUAACCAUUUGCAUUGCUAUCGGUGAUAUGGAUCCAGGACGGGAUUCCAUCAUCUACAGGAUGACAUCGAAUCGAAUGAAGAAGGACAAUUAAAUGUAAAUAUAGCGGUAAUAUUGUAAAAUAGGUUUAUGUGCAAAGUGGUAUUUUAUUCCUCGGAGCGCCUUUAUGUAAUUUAUUAGCCUGUUUUUCUUUCUUUCUUCCUGAGAUUUUCCUUCUUUUUUCAAAAUGGCCGAGUUACUCGCCCGUUUCCGUAUUCCUCAGGAUGUUAUCUAAUCCGAUCAAUCAUCGUAGCGCUCAAAUCGCCACAACAUAUUUAUAUCACUUCGCUGGAAUGCGUGGAGAUGACUGUUGCGUCGUUGCGAGACUUUUGUAAAAAUCUGUACAUGUUUUUUUGAAAUUUGACCGAUGAAGGUCGAGUCUCCCAAAUAUAUAAUGUUAUCCUGUAGCCAA